AUGUCCAUUGAAAUGGACAGUGGGAAUAUCGGCUUUUUGGAUGACGGAACAAUUAGUGAUAUAGAUAUAUUGAAUAGUGAGUCAGAGAAUGAACUUGAAGAUUUAUUAAAUAAAUUUGCGAAUGAUGAUUUCUCUUCCGAACUCGAUAAUGAAAUGCUGGCUAAUACAGAAUUAGACUUGCACGAAGAAGACGACCAAACAACAAAUGAAACUCAGUCUGGGAAUGAAGUCUUUGAUAUAUCACCAAUGCAGUUUCUAUUUGUCAAAAAAAAAGAUAUAAAAUGGAUAAAUAAACCAUUUCAAGAGCCAAAUAGAUUUUAUUCUAUUCGACAAAAUAUUCAUAUCAUCAACAAUAUGGAUAUAGCUCGUGAUAAUACCGAUAAAUUUGUAAAAAUUCGUCCAUUAUUUGAUGCGCUAAAUAAUCGAUGUAAACAAUUACCAGUGGAACGAAACAUUAGUGUUGACGAACAAAUAGUUCCUUUUAAAGGUCAAUUAGUUAUAAAACAAUAUAUGAAAGGAAAACCGAAUCCGUGGGGCAUUAAAAUAUUUUUACUUUGUGGUCAAAGUGGCAUUGUCUAUAACAGUGGUUCUCAACCGCCGGUCCGCGAUAAAAGAGAUGCCGGUCCGUAUUGUGUUGUUAUCUGA